UCCCGAGAAUUUGAACAAGAAGCGGUAGACUGGCGACAGAAAAUCUGCUCAUCGCAUGGAUUCAGUGUUGCGAAUAGUAUUAUUUUUUUCCUGUUAGUUGACUAAAUCUGUCUGUUAGGGUCUGUUCUUAGUAACAGCGCCCAUGUGGCAGUAUGUUAUUCAGUUCUUAGGCGGAACUUCUUUCCUGUUGUGUAGCAACGUCAGGUGGUUUUACGUCGCUGCUUGACGCGGAUUUAGCUGACGUUGUUUUGUUCCAGCCAUGAAACCAUUCAAACCGCUGUUUCUGAAGACCUACGGUAAACAGAGGCGGAGGCUCUCCGCUUGGAUCUCCUCCGACGACCGAAGGAAGGCUUUCGACAGCACCCCGUCGUCCGAUGACACGUCCGCGUUCGAGGCCGCUAAACCCAGCAAGACACGGGCAAACCGCGCAAAGGUUGGCCGUGGAAACGCAGAACGUCCUGCCAAGACUAAAGCAAAGCUGUGCUUGUAUGAGAACAGCUGCGAUGAGGAGAACAUGAGCGACGAAGAGAACAAGCCUCCCGCCAGCUGGGUGUCAGGAAAGACCACUAGAGGGAAGAAGAGAGACGUUUCCAGUAGCAAGUGGAAGGCCGAUGUGUUUUCGUCUGAGAGCAGCAGAAAUGAGGACGUCAUGAAACUGCCUUCUUUACCCGCAAAGCGUAAAAAAACAACAGCCAGAGGGAAGAAGAGAGACGUUUCCAGUAGCAAGUGGAAGGCCGAUGUGUUUUCGUCAGAGAGCAGCAGAAAUGAGGACGUCAUGAAACUGCCUUCUUUACCCGCAAAGCGUAAAAAAACAACAGCCAGGACCAGCCGGCUUGCACCUGUGUGUGUCGACACACGGCGGAGAGAUCGGGGGGUCUCGAGCACCAAUGAGUUUGAGGAGGAGACAUCUCCGCCGAAACGCCAAAAAACCGAAGCAAAAACAAAGUCGGACUCCAGUGUUCGCCUCCCGUCCACCAGCCGCUUCAUAACCCGUCGAAGACGUGCGGCGUCCACCAAAGCCCCUGAAGCGAGAGUCAGUUUUGUCAACUCCUUGGACGACUUCACUUCCGGGCCCUUUGGCCCCAGCAGGAAUCUGCAGCCCUCCAGCAGACAGGAGGUCCCGUUCAAGCUGUCCAGCUCGGAGAGCUCGGCGAAUGCCACCGGCAGCCCUUUCAGGGAGAUCUCCCUGAAUGAGUUCGCCGCAGGCCGCAUCAGAUCCGUUUCAAGGAAGCCCAUCUUCUGCUCCACGCCCUCGGCGCCCAGCUCCAACAAGCGAAGAUGCCCGACGUUCCCCAGCCUGGUUUCCCCUCCUCCAGAAUGCAGCUCUAUAGGCGCGUCCAGCACUUUCCCAGAAGACCCGGACCCACGGCGACAGCCGGGGUCACGUCACACGGAGAGGCUGCAGAGAGAAAAACGGUCCCUCGACUUAUUUUCCGAAUCAGACGGAGGCGCGUGCAGCGACGGCGCAGAAAGCCACGGCAGCGAUCCGGAGGGAGGGAAGUCGGCCAGCGUAGACCUGCUCUCUGCAGACGGUGAGAGCAGCAGUCUGUUCACGUCGGCGGCAGCGGGGGUGGAGUGGCUGGCCGAGGCUCUGAAGGAGAGAUGUCUGAGGAGGCCCUGCGCGGUUCGGCUGGAGAGAUUAAACACCUUCCCCCUGAGCCAGCUCUGCGGCCAGACCAUCUACUCGUCCUGCUUGGAGCUGUCGGGCCCAGAAGCAGAAGGGUCGGCUCAUCGCGGUGCCUCUCCGAGCUGCCGUGGUGUGCCUUCAGGCAGUAAGUCAGAGACAUCGGCAGUGAGAGAAAGUCAUCUGCUGUCGCCUGAGCUCUUUUACAGCAGCUAUAAGGAAAUGACCGGCACGCAGUUACCAGCUCGCAAAGCAUCGGCAGCGCGGUUAACCGAUGGAGAGGCCACGGCGGCCAGGAGCGUAUGCACAAAGAAAUGCGUGAUUCUGGCAGAGAAACUCCCGCUGUCUGUUUUGCGAGCUUUCACCCUGCAGAGAGAGGCUGAAAGGACGAGAGGGAUGGUGCGUCUCUCAGAGUCUGACCGUGAUCCAGACGCUAGGAAAGAACCAGACACUGUCAGCGAGGCAGCAGGGCUAACGUCGGAGCAGAGGGACAAAUCUCUGUCCUCCGAAGCGCUCGCUAACGGAAAGGACGCAUCUCUGUCAAAGUCGACAAAAGUCAGAGACUUUAAACCGUCGACCAGCGCCUCAGACUCAUCCAUCGAUCCCCAGACCGCUCAUCUCGCUGACAGAAAGCACGGAGAGGACGCAGCCUCUUUGGAAAUGGCUUCAAAAAGCAGCAGCUCUGGCCAGGAAGAGGAAGAGUCCGGAAGAGAUUCGCCCAAGAUAGACAAGAGGUCCCUGGCCCACAAGGAGAGGAGGCGGAGGAGCCCGUCGGCGGACAGGACGGGGACCACGAGGAAGGCGUGCGUGAGCGGGAUGAGCGUGAGCCGCUGGAAGAGCAGAGGAGCCGGCGGCGCUUGGGCCGUCAGGGGCAGGGAGCUGAAGAAGCAGCGCAGCAGCACGGCGUGGGACUGCAGCAUCGAGAUGAUCACCAAGCAGCCCGACUCGCAGGAAUUGCUGGACGCGGCGGCGAACCUCUCCACUCCGCUGAGGACGAGUCGGCUCAACCUGUCGUCUCUGCUGGCCAACUUCACGCCGAGCACGCACAUCUGGAGCCGGCUCAAGGCCAGCCUCUCCAUCCAUCACAGGAGCACGGUGAAACUCACUCCGAUGAGUUCGGACCGAGCGGCGACGCGCACUCCUAGACGGAGGGGAUCACCAGACCAGAAUCUGUUGGCCACCACCGUGCGCACCCCGCUCUCCAGGCGCCUGCAGUCACAGCUGCUGAGCCAGCACUCCCUGAUUGUUUGUGAUGAUUUGGAUCUGACGGACGCAGAGAAGGUGUAUGCGGAGUGUGGCCAGCGGUGUCCCUUAGCCUGGGAAGAGUGUAUUCUCCCUAAUCGUAUCAAACGGUGUGUGAAGAUUGGUGAGGGGACGUUUGGUGAGGUCUUCUCUACCACCAACGCCACAGGAGACACGGUGGCACUCAAGAUCAUUCCAGUAGAGGGCAGCGAGAAGGUGAACGGAGAGAACCAGAAGACCUUUGGAGAAAUCCUCCACGAGAUCAUUAUCUCCAAGGAGCUGAGCAGCCUGAAAGACAAGCAGCAGAAUCAGACUCCUGGCUUUAUCAAACUCCAUGAUACUUAUUGCGUUCAGGGCUGCUACCCACCAGACCUCCUCAAAGCAUGGGAUGCCUUUGACCGACGUAAAGGAUCUGAGAACGACCGACCAGAUUUCUUUGAGAAAGAUCAGCUAUUCAUAAUCUUUGAAUUUGAGUUUGGAGGCGUUGACUUGGAGAACAGCAAUGGGAAAUUGGCAUCUUUAGUGGUGGCGAAGAGCGUGCUUCAUCAGGUCACCGCUGCGCUGGCUGUUGCCGAGCAGGAGCUGCAGUUCGAGCACAGGGACCUACACUGGGGAAAUGUGCUGGUAAAAACAACCAAGGAGAAGAUGGGGAGCUUCACUCUGGAUGGAACAGCUCACAGCAUAGAAACCAAAGGGGUGUUGGUCCGCAUCAUUGACUAUUCCCUCUCCAGGCUAGAAAUUGAUGACCUGACCGUGUCCUGUGACAUCUCCAACGAGGAGGAGCUCUUCAUGGGCCACGGAGACUACCAGUUUGAAAUCUACAGACUGAUGAGACAGGAAAACAGAAACGACUGGAGCAGCUACCACCCUCAUUCCAACGUGCUGUGGCUCCACUACCUGUGCUCCAAGCUGCUUUCCAUGAAAUACAAGAACGCAAGAGGGAGGGGUUGCAACGACGCCAGAAAGGAGCUCAGUGGUUUCUACGACAGCAUCCUCCAGUACAGCUCCGCCACAGACGCUCUGCUGAACUGCCCCAUGUUUCAGUAGUAUUGUAAGGACAGAGAACAUGACUGCAUGAAGCCUCACAGAAGGAUAACCGUGUGACCGUCUGUCAGGGGGGAAACGGUUUCUCUGCACACACAAAAAAAACUCAUCAGAAUGUACAUAGAGCACAUUAAAGUCAUUCACCAGUGAGCAGAA